AUGAAGAUCUUCUGCCUUGUACCGUUGCUGGUGACGCUGGCAUGCAUGGCGUCCGAAGCCCCGGCUGCUGACUCCGGUCUGGCGAGUAAAGUAGCCGGAAAGCGCAAUGUUUGGGGACUUUUCGUACCGGGGCAGCAUGCACCGAUCCGUCGGGACAGUCACGAAGGUUUCGAUGGUGAGGGUAAGCAUCAUGAGUAUGGUCACGCCACGACGCAAGGACUCGGCCAUUACGAAUCGACGCAUGAGGAGUACAACAGCUGGAAGCCUCUGGAAGCCGUCGGUCACUACGGUGGCGGAGAAGGCGGUGAUCAUGGGGAGGAGGGCGAAGAGAAGCACAACUUUGGGGGUGGUGGUGGUGGUGGUGACGGACACGGAGACUUCGGUGGACAUGGUUUGGAGCUGGGUGGAGAUCAUGCGGCAUUGGGCGGUCAUGAGUCCUUCGGUGAUCAUGAGUCGUUUGGAGGACAUCAGCAGAGUUUUGGAACUCACGAAAGUCUCACGCUAGGCGGUGGUCAUCACGGAUUUGGAGGACAUCACGGAUUUGGCGGUCAUCAGGAAGUUGGUGGAGGACAUCACGGUUUUGGAGGACAUGAGGGAGGUUUUGGAGGACACCAUGAAGCGGUUGGUGGACUUCACGGAUUCGCUGGUUUCGGUGGACAUCAGGAAGCUGCUGGAGGACAUCAUGGAGGAUUUGGAGGUCACCAUGAAGGAGGCGGUUUUGGAGGUCACCAUGAAGCAGCUGCGGGUGGUGGACAUCACGGAUUCGGUGGUCUCGGAGGACACCAUGAAGCAGCUGCGGGUGGACAUCACGGCUUUGGAGGACAUGAAGGAGGCGGUUUUGGAGGUCAUCACGGAUUUGGAGGUCUCGGAGGACACCAUGAAGCAGCGGGAGGUGGACAUCACGGGUUUGGAGGACACCACGAUUUCGGGGGUCACCAGGAGCACAAGGAACAACCCAUCAAAGAGCUGCACCUGGACGCGGAGUACGAACACAGCGAGGACGAUCACCACAAGGAACCGAAGAUCAAGUACAUCACGGUGACGGAACGGGUGCCAGUCCCGUACAAGGUGACGGUCGAGAAGAAGGUCCUGGUGCCGAUUAAGGUGCCGUUUACGGUCACCUCCGAGAAGGUGGUCCCGAUCGUGGUGGAGAAGAAGUUCCCGGUGGUGGUCGAAAAGCACGAGAUCAUACACGUGGACAAACCGUACGAGGUGAAGGUACCGCACAAGGUCGAGGUGCAUAAGAAGGAGAUCAUCAAGGUGGAGAAACCGGUGCCGGUGAAGAUCGAGAAGAAGGUCCCGUACAAGGUGGAGAAGCCGUACAUCGUGCACAAGCACGUGCCGGUGAAGAUUUGGGUGAACGUGAAGAAGGAACACCACGAUUGAGUGGCGGCGAGUAGGCAGUAAGCGCGUAGUGAUAAGAAAAACCCCAUUCGUUAUAGUUCUAAGCUUCAAUCUGUA